CGGGUGACACGCCGGCUGUGAAAAACACGUCCCCUAGACUGGAGGAAAGUCUAGAUGAAAAGUUAGACCGAAAACAAUUUUGAUUUUUUACAAAGAUGUUAUUUUACCUAAUUUGUCUAGUUAAUUUUAAUGCCGCGCUAACAUUUUCUUCAUUCGAAUCUAACGCUUGGGUACCAGGAAAGCAUAAGUACCACGGAGUGCACGAUGGGAUGGAACACACCAAGCAGUUCGUCAACGAGUGGACGGUGGUCGUGGAUGGGGACGAGGAUGUGGCUCAGCUGGUUGCUCUGGAACUUGGAUACAUUUAUGGUGGCCGGGUGGCCGCGUUCCCGAACACAUACACGUUUUUGAAAUACGAACACGAGAAGCAGAGACGCGCCCCCAGCUCGCACACAUCCACACUCGUCAAAGAUAGGAGGAUCAGAUGGGCCGAACAACUUUUCCUCAAGUCUCGCGUGAAGCGGUACCCAACGCCAGACCCGGAUGAACCAGUCCACCGGGUCAAGAGGUUGGAACUGGAGAACGGUACGGCUGUCAGAACUAGAAGAUCAGAAUGUAGCAGGAGGCCACUCUUCAAUGAUGAGCUAUGGAGCCAGGAAUGGUAUUUGCAAGAUACCCGCACUGACCGCUCCCUGCCCCGACUGGACUUGAACGUGCUACCGGUCUACGCCCUCGGCAUCAACGGUGCCGGCGUCCGCGUCUCCGUGCUAGACGACGGCAUCGAGCACAACCACACCGACCUCCGCGCUAACUACGAUCCAGAAAUAAGUUGGGAUUGCAACGAUAACGACUCUGAUCCGUUGCCUAGGUAUGAAAAACUGAACAGGAAUUCUCAUGGUACCAGGUGCGCUGGCGAGAUAGCGAUGACCGCGAAUAACAGGAAAUGUGGGGUGGGUGUGGCCUGGGGCGCUCGAGUGGGUGGAGUUCGGAUGCUCGAUGGCCGAAUAACCGACAGAGUGGAGGGCGAAGCGAUCGGUUACGCGUGGGACAAAGUGGACAUCUACAGCGCUUCAUGGGGCCCUAGUGACGACGGUCGCACGGUCGAGGGACCCGGCCGCCUAGCCAACGAGGCGUUUGAACGAGGCGUCACCAAGGGUCGUGGUGGUAAAGGCAUAAUUUACGUGUGGGCCAACGGUAACGGUGGCGGUAAUAAAGACAACUGCAACUGUGAUGGAUAUUCGUCCAGCAUCUACACGGUUUCCAUCGGGAGCGCUUCCCAGCACGGGCUGUUCCCUUGGUACGGAGAGAUCUGCCCCUCAACCCUCGCCACUGCCUACUCCUCAGGCGCUUAUAAGGACCAGAAAAUUGCUACCACAGACACGGGGGACUCGUGCACACUAGGGCACACAGGCACGUCGGCGGCCGCCCCCCUCGCAGCCGGUAUCAUCGCCCUCGCGCUACACGCGAAUCCAAAUCUAACAUGGAGAGAUGUUCAACAUCUAAUAGUGUGGACAUCAGAGUAUGCCCCGUUGUCUGCAAACCCAGGAUGGCAAGAAAAUGGGGUCGGCCUUCGAUUUGAUGUCCGAUUCGGCUUCGGUUUAAUGAAUGCUGCGGCCCUUGUGUUGACAGCACUGAACUGGACGACUGUUCCAGAGAAAUCCGUGUGCCGGAUCGAAGCUUCUCCGUUGCAACAAGGCGAGGGCCGUAUAAGUUCAGGGGAAAUUGUAGAGAUACCAAUAAAUAUCAACAGUUGUGAAGUAAAUUACAUCGAGCACGUCGAGUUGAUAGUAAACGUUCGCUACAAUCGACGAGGGGCGUUACAGAUUUACAUCACUUCGCCUCAAGGAACCAGAGUACAGCUUUUGAGCUCGCGAGCUAAAGACACGUCCACCAACGGGUUUGUCAACUGGCCGCUUACUUCGGUCGCUACGUGGGGUGAGAAUUCUAAUGGUGUAUGGAAAGUGCAUAUCCAAGACGAAACUGAUGAACAAAAUAGUGGAGAAAUAGGACCGAUUUGUCUUGUCGUUCAUGGAACUCAUGAUAUGCCGGAGCACAUGAAAUACGGGCCAAGAAAAUACUCGCACAGCAACUACCAAGAGGUGUCCGACUACUUCGACGACGUAUUUGAAAACUCGAAUUCCGAUGAUAACAACGUGGUCAAUGUACCAGAACAGCAUAACACCGAGGAAGUGAACAUGAACGACAUAGAUCCCACAAUACUAGCAGAGGUUGAACAGGAACUGCAGAGAAUCCACCACGGCAUGGUGUACAAUAGAUCUCCAGGAUUGUAAAUUAUGUAACAUAAUAAUGUAUUUAGAUUUAUUUAUGUGACAUUGUGAUCUCUAUUUAAUAAGUGUGAUAAGAUUAUUAGUGAAAUGCUUCUGAAACUUAUUUAAUUAAAACAUAUCAGUAUUAACUACAGCCAGUCAUCAUGCCUUGUAAAUCCUGUAAUCAAAAUUAUUAUCUUGUGUGCAACAUUGUGAUAAAAAUAAAAUUCAGCAAAGUUUAUUCAUAGA